AUGAAUAUAGCUGGUUUUGACCUUCGAGGGUGGGAAUAUAGUAAUGAUAAUUCCCAUGACAACCAGGCGACAGUAUUAGGCGUUAAUUGGGGUAAAAAAGCUGACACGUUAGCAGUAAAAAUACCAGUUUUUCCAGAGUUACGUGAUUCGAAAAUAACGAAAAGGAAUAUUCUUUCGUUGGCACACCGUAUUUUUGAUUUAUUGGGUUUUGUAUGUCCUGUUAUGCUUUGCCCACGAAUUCUGUUACAGGAAACCUGGAGUGAAAAUUUGACGUGGGAUGAUGAAGUUCCAGACGAAUUAAAAAAUAAAUUUUUGAAGUGGAUGGAAGAUUUGAAAGAGCUUAAUGAGAUUAGAAUUCCACGAUGUUUUUUAGGACAAAUCUCUGAGUCGGAUAACGUAAGUUUGCAUGUAUUCUGCGAUGCCAGUAAAGUCGCGUAUGCCACAGUUAUUUUCAUUUGCGUUGAAAAUAGUGAUGGUGUGAAAGUUCACUUUGUACAAGCGAAAACGCGAGUUGCGCCUGCUAGGAAAGGCAAUACGGAUGCGCGAACAAGCAUACCGCGUUUAGAAUUGUUAGCUGCGACAAUAGGCGCUAGAUUAGCGAGAAAUGUAUUAGACGCGCUUAAUUUUAAAACGCUAAAACUCUUUUAUUGUACCGAUUCCUCGACCGUGUUAGCAUGGAUCCAAAGAGAAUGUAAUUGGGCUACGUUUGUGUACAACAGAGUAAAAGAAAUACGUAUGCUAUCGGAUCCCGCGUGUUGGCAUCAUGUUCAGGGCAGUUUGAAUCCCGCAGACUUACCAUCGAGAGGCUGUACGGUGAAACAGAUUAUGUCUGCGAAAUGGUGGGAGAGACCUGUGGCUAUAUGA